UCCUAGUCUGGGUUUCGCGCGCUGUUCUGCCUCGUUCUCCGCCGGCCCGCUUCAGCCACCGCCCGCGCCCCCGCUCCGCUCAGGGCUACCGCCGGACCCAGCACCAUGUCGCUAUCGCGCUCGGAGGAGAUGCACCGGCUCACAGAGAAUGUCUACAAGACCAUCAUGGAACAAUUCAACCCCAGCUUGCGGAACUUCAUCGCCAUGGGCAAGAACUACGAGAAGGCGCUGGCAGGUGUCACCUAUGCCGCAAAGGGCUACUUCGAUGCCCUGGUGAAGAUGGGUGAGCUGGCCAGUGAGAGCCAGGGCUCCAAAGAGCUCGGAGAUGUCCUAUUCCAGAUGGCUGAGGUCCACAGGCAGAUUCAGAACCAGCUGGAAGAAAUGCUGAAGUCUUUCCACAACGAGCUGCUCAUGCAGCUGGAGCAGAAGGUGGAGCUGGACUCCAGGUACCUGAGUGCUGCGCUGAAGAAGUACCAGACUGAGCAGAGGAGCAAAGGUGAUGCACUAGACAAGUGCCAGGCGGAGUUGAAGAAGCUUCGUAAGAAGAGCCAGGGCAGCAAGAACCCCCAGAAGUACUCAGACAAGGAGCUGCAGUAUAUUGACGCCAUCAGCAACAAGCAGGGUGAGCUGGAGGGCUACGUGUCCGAUGGCUACAAGACAGCGCUGACUGAAGAAAGGAGGAGAUUCUGCUUCCUGGUGGAGAAGCAGUGUGCCGUGGCCAAGAGCUCAGCUGCCUACCACUCCAAGGGCAAGGAUCUGCUGGCGCAGAAGCUGCCGCUGUGGCAGCAGGCGUGUGCUGACCCCAACAAGAUCCCAGAGCGCGCAGUGCAGCUGAUGCAGCAGGUGGCCAGCAGCAACGGCUCCAUCCUGCCCAGCACUCUGUCCACCUCCAAGUCCAACCUGGUCAUCUCAGACCCCAUCCCGGGUGCCAAGCCCCUCCCUGUCCCCCCUGAGUUGGCCCCAUUUGUGGGGCGGCUGUCGGCCCAGGACAAUGCGCCUGUCAUGAAUGGUGUCUCGGGCCCAGAUGGCGAGGACUACAACCCCUGGGCUGACCGCAAGUCUGCACAAAGCAAGGCAUCCUCCCCACCGCAGCCCCAGGGCAAGAUGAGCGACUCCUACUCCAACACACUGCCCGUGCGCAAGAGCGUAGCCCCCAAAAACAGCUAUGCCACCACCGAGAACAAGACCCUGCCACGCUCCAGUUCCAUGGCAGCUGGGCUGGAGCGGAAUGGCCGCAUGCGGGUAAAAGCCAUCUUCUCACAUGCGGCGGGUGACAACAGCACACUGCUGAGCUUCAAGGAGGGCGACCUCAUCACCCUGCUGGUGCCUGAGGCCCGAGAUGGCUGGCACUAUGGCGAGAGCGAGAAGACCAAGAUGCGGGGCUGGUUUCCUUUCUCCUACACCCGGGUCCUGGACAGUGACGGCAGUGACCGGCUGCAUAUGAGCCUACAGCAGGGGAAGAGCAGCAGCACUGGCAAUCUGCUGGACAAGGAUGACCUGGCACUGCCGCCGCCCGACUAUGGCACAUCCUCCCGUGCCUUCCCUGGCCAGAUGGCUGGUACCUUCAAGCAGAGGCCCUACAGCGUGGCUGUGCCUGCCUUCUCCCAGGGCCUGGACGACUAUGGGCCAAGGGCUGUGAGCAGUGGCAGCGGCACGCUGGUGUCCACAGUGUGAGGACGCUGACCACAGGCAGCCACUGCUCGGAGGACCCCCAAUCUGUGGUCUCCACCGGUCUCUUCUCAGCGUGUGCUGGUCUCUUCUUGGGUUCUUUUCUCCCCCCGCCGCCCCUCCCACCCCUUCCCCCCCCCCGCCUUUUUGUUGGUGACCCCCAGACUCUGACACCCCAGGGUCCAUGGUGCUGCCCCACCUCUGCUCCCUGAGUUUACAAGCCACCCCUCACCCCAUGUGUCCCAUCUGGUGGGGUGUCCUUGCCUCUGCUCCCCACCUGCCAUGUCCAUGACUCAGUGUCCCUUUCCGAAGGCUCCACCUGGGCCCAAAGUUUGAAGAAAAAGAAAAACAAAACAAACAAACAAAAAACCAAAAAAGAAAAAAAAAAUGGGGAAAAGGACUCUUUUUUUUUUUCCCCCUGACAAACAAAAAACAGACAUGCAUGGACUCCAGUGUACGUUCUGUCAUUCUGCAUCUGACUAUCCUGCCCACAGGGGCACCCGCGACAGGAUGGGGGUGCCCGGGGCCCCCUCCCCACCCCAGUGCCUCCUGAGGAAGCUGGCUGCUCCUAUGAGGGAGGCCGCUGCCCAGUGCCCCAAGGUGGCCUGCCCAGUGGAGUGGGGGCAGGUAUGGGCACCACCUGGCCACACACGGACUUUCCAAAGAGCCCCGAGACCACCCACCCCACACCUUCUGCAAGCCACUCCUUUACCUGCUGGAUGAACAAGGCCGCCAGCA